CUAUUUGUCAAAGAAAAAGAAUAUGAGUUCUAUUUCCGAGCAGCAGUUACAAAAAUUUCUUUUUAUUAUCGAAGAUAAUAAAGAGAUUGAGGAUGCCUCGGAAGAUAUGCAAAUGGCCUACUCAACAAUUCGUGACCAUGGCCAGGAAAAACUCGUCACCUGGUUAAGCGAAAGCGAAUGUCUUCAUCUUCAGCCGGACCAGCUGACGAAGAAACACGUAACCGUGUUUGAGCGCUUUGACGGAGAGGCAUACGAGCACAUCCGGACAACAAAUGCUUGCGUGAUUGGGCCACGCUGCUUGAUAAGCUGUUUCAACGACGACCAGACGAUUCCGUGCGGAAAACAACCUGUCCUCACGACGGCCAUGCGCAAUCUAACCGUGAGCACAUCUGGAUUAAAAGUUGAGGAGAAAACUCGGCUUAGCCAAAUGGUGUUUCAAAUGGGUGGAUGCUAUCUGGAAAUUUUGACAGCCGCUUGUACUCACCUGAUUGCGGGCACCGUAAAGUCGGUGAAAUACGAAAAGGCUGCUGAAAUUAAGAUGCGAAUCAUGCAUCCCGAUUGGGUGCAGGACGUCUGGGAGCAGAGUCAGUGCAAAAUGAUCAGCGCGACAGAUCCGGCGUUCGAUAAACAUGCCCUUCCUGUGUUUUACUCGCUGACUAUCACGUCAACUGGGUUGACGAACCAAAAGCGCAAUCAAGUUAAGCAACUGAUUGAGGAAAAUGGUGGCCGCUACAUUGGGGCGUUCAAAUCGGAACAUACUGAUAUUUUGAUUUUGGACAAGAGCAGUGUGGGCUCGGCAAAGUUUCAAGCAGCCGUGCGUUGCAAAAAGGAAUGUUUAACACCGGCGUGGGUUAUAGACAGUGUCCAGAAGGGGUAUGCUCUUCCGAUUGCCAACUAUGAAGUGAGACGCAUCAAAUCGUCCACACCGACGAAGGACGAUCCUGGGUUGAUUUCCAGCAUAGACUUCAAUCCGGACGGCACGCAACUGUCGAUGAUCAGUCAUCAGAACAGCCGGAAUUUAACUAUCAACGAAAGUGUGGCAAGUACGACCUCCGCUGCUUCGGCCGUCUCAAGGGUAUUGUCCCGUGAAACGAUGGGCGGUGCAAAUCAACGAAAAGCCUACCGUGAAAUGCUGGACCAAAUUACGUUGCCACAGGCCAAGAAGUCGGGCCCGUUUUUGGAUGGUUGUAACAUAUAUUUAAGCGGUUUCACUACAGAAGAAAAGGACAAAUUGAACAAAAUCCUCAACAGCGGCGGAGCCAUACGGUUCGACGAGAUAAGUGACCGCGUUAGCCACGUUAUUGUGGGCGAGCAAGUGUCGGCCGAUUUUCGAGAAAUUCGGGAACAGCAAAUAAGUCCACACAUUUUGACCUUGGAAUGGAUUCAAAAGUCUCUAACCCUGCGAAUGCCUGCCCCCGAAGAUGACGAACUGCUAAUGUUCAAACCGAAUCUUAAAGAUGCCAUUGUGGAAAAGGGUCCGGAACCUCCCUCGCCGGCAAGCAAAAAAAAUCUAGAAUCAAUGAACAGUACAUUCAAACGACCGGAAGCGCCUCCCAAGUUCCGCCUAGAUGAACCCAAACCAGGACCAAGUCGAGAGCGCGGCAAGGAAGACGAGGUUCUGCUGCAGUACAUGCAAAAAAAUACUUCCGUUCAGUUACCACCGGUGGAGACAAAAAAGAGCGCACCAGCGCCGGCUGCCGAUUCCGUCACCUCACAGAAUUCGGAACUGGAUUCGCAGUACAGUGAUUUUAUGUCCACGAAAACCCUGUUUGUGUAUGGGUUUUCCGACGAGGACGCAAUGCAGAUCGUAACCGAUUGCGAGAACUGCGGUGGGACGAUCGUAGAUGAACACUACACCGACGUGGCCGAUUACAUCGUUCUGCCAACUAGUUGCAUAGGAGAGAUCGACUUUAAGGUGCGCGGCAGGGAAACUGUUAACUGCAUUUGGCUGGAGACCUGCAUUCAGGACGGUGUCUGCUAUCCCCUCCAAUACUACUUCGAACCCAUCUUCUAUGCAGAGGACGAUCCGAGACCGCUGGAGGGGGAAAUACUAGUUAUUAGUACGUACUCGGGGGCUGAGCGGAACUAUUUGAUUGCGUUGGGUGGAAUUCUGGGUGCUAAAGUUGAGGAUCGCCUGGUCCGGAAGGCGGCUCCGAUAGUGAUCUGUAAGGAACCGUCCGGCGCCAAAUACGAAGCCGCCAUCAAAUGGGAUCUCACAGUAGUCAACGCUGACUGGUUGCGGGAAUGUCUCAAGCAGAAGCUCCGAGUCAACGAAGAGCCCCAUUUGGUCGGUAAAUCGGUUUGCUCUUCCAAAAACGUUGUGGUUCGUGAACCAGAAAACAGUAAACGGCUUUCUGAUUUGCCGGAAUUCUCCAGGAACGCUUGUCUACCGACAACUUCCACAGACGAUGUAGACAUUGACUCGGUAUUUCUUCCGCCGCCUGCGCCUUCGGCGUCGCUUACAAAGUCUAAAUCGCGUGCAGACGUAACUAAAGAAAACCAUCCUGGAAACUAUAAGUACAUUUCGGUGGACAAAGCAAAAAAUUCAAAAGAAGUCGAAUAUGAAUUCAAACGACUAUCUUCACCUGAGUUACGCAAAAUUACCCACGAAGAAAGGCAGGUUUACUCUCAAGAGAUGGAACAGUACGAAGAGCUGGUACAAACUCAACGCGACCAACGCCAGCCGUUCGACCCCGGGCAUCCAGCAGAUUCUCCAUUGGUAUUAAAACAUCGUCGGUUGUCCGCUCUUGCUGGCAUAAAUUCACCUUCCACGCCGGUGGCCACAACCAGCACCAGCGUUUCGGAGUACGAACAACUCAGCGUAACCCAGCGGGUGAUGGAAUUCGAUACACCGGUGCGCGAGACGCUCUACAAGGUACUGAAAGAAGCGGAAGAAGCCGAGAAAAAAAUCACCCCCCGAACGCGUCGUAGAAACGAGCUAUUGGCUACGCCGAGCACCGGCCAGGAUGGUCAUAUCAAAACACCGACCCUGCCCGAGUGCAUGACCAAGCCGGUCACACCGUACGGGUUCCGUCCGGAUGCCAGCCCGGAAAAUCACCUUUACCACAAGCGAAAGCUUCAGGUAUGGGACCAGUACUACAGACCCAGGGAGCAGGGGAAAGAUCGUCGGAAGAGUACUCCAUUGAGUGAAAUUAAGCGACGCUUUUGGCGGGAGAAUCUCGGUGACGAAUAUGUCGACUACAUCGAGUCCAAAUACUCGUCGACGCAAUUCCAGCCGUUCGAGCAAGAUGAUGAGGAUGAUAAAAAGAAGGAUCAACCUCCCGAAUGUCAGCCAGGCCCAUCGUCUGGCACCAGCAGCAGAAGUAAAGAAGUUUUCAAAGAAAUCACAGCAGAGCCGCUGGACGAAAGUCACAAGUCGGAGGAGAGCAAUCGGAGCAGUGAGAAGCGGUCGCGUGAGGAAUACGAACUAGAUGAUGAUGAAGACGACGAAAUGGCGAACAACUGCGAAACAGGAAAAGGCACACCCGCGGCCAAGCGGAUGAAUCUCGCCGAAGCCGACAACGUUAAGCGAUUGAGUGAUCUAAUCAAUUCCAAUAAAAAUGCCGCCAAGAAGUCGAAGAAAAUUUGCGAGGAGCCGCAGUACUCCGAACUGCCGAGAUUCGAUUCGGAAACGGUAUCAGAAGAUGCCGUUGGGGUGGGAUGGCGUGAUCCAGCCGAACCACAGCGAGCUGCCGCGGGGGGAAAUGGAAUGAUUUACACGGGUACUCCCGUAUUUGCGAUAUCCGGAGUACCUGAGCAGCAACGUUCGGCCCUGAUGGAAAGGAUUAAACAACUAGGAGGUGAACUGUCGGGCAAACCGAACGAGUACGAUCCUGCCUGUACGCAUAUCAUCUGCGGUAAACCAAACCGAGGCGAAAAGAUACUGUCCGGUAUCGCAUCCGGCAAGUGGUUGUUAUGCUCCAAAUACCUCGACGAUAGUUGCAAAGCUGGCUUCUUUUUGAAUGAAGAACAAUACGAAUGGGGUAAUCCGAAGGCGAAAAAUCUACCACCACUGGAAGCGCUGGAGAAACAGGUUUCCAAUGCAGCCUACAUCUGGCGCUGUAAAAUAGCGCAGGAAGCCGGCAAACACGACGGUGUAUUCACCGGUUUCCGCGUCCUACUGUUGGCACCGAAAAAGGAGCAACUCGUACGGUUGGUAAAAUCCGGAGGCGGGUAUGUAAUCACCGUUGGUCCACCGUAUGUUCAUUCCGCGGAAGCAAUGACCGCUACGCACUGCUUCGUGGACAAAAAUAGCCAGCUAAGUUCUCGCGAUCAUAAAGCGCUGGCCGAAGCCGGCAUAGCUGUGAUGUCCAUUAUGUAUCUCAAUGCCUAUCUUACGUCGGAAAAGUUACCGGAUCCGGUCAAGUAUAGGUUGGAGAUUUAGGCUAUCGGUUUAUGAAUUUUACAAACGAAUUGUUGAAUUUAACAAACAUUAACAUUUAUGUUAAACAUA